AUGCAGCGAACGACGGAGCUCCAGGGGAGUGUGUCACCACGCCCGCGGGAUGUGUACAUGCGCGUGAGGCGCUUGCGCAGCUGGGACUGUGCGAGUAUGGGUGAUACAGCCCCGCCUCGCCUGCGGAUUCGCCUGGAAAACAAAGAAGAUGUUAACAGUAUAGUGGGAGGUGCAGGGUGUGAUGCGGCGUCGUCAACGUCUGCGUCGUUGGGUACGGAGCAAACUCCAUGUACAUUGCACUUUCGGUUCCUUCCAAAGGUAGGUGUUCCCGUUCUUUCAGUACAGGCGACGCGUAACACACACGACGAUGUUUUUCCCUCGCCAUCUCUGCAGAUGUCUGUGAAACGUUUGUGGAAUCUCAGAGGCUGUAUGGUGAUGGAUUGUGCGGCAGUGGAGCCAAAGCGGGAGUUCAAUUCAAUUUCUACACUCGAAACGGAGGAAACAAAGGUCGACGGGCAGGAUAUAGCAGCAGAAGCCGCAGGGGAAUGGUCUUUGUAUGUGCUUGAUAAGGAAGUUCUGGAAGAGGAGGACGAACUGGAAGCAAAAAAAGAAGAAGCGGCCGCAAUUGACGAUGAAUUUUGUUUUGAUGACUUGACCAUCACCCGAACUGAAGAGGGUUUUGGGGUGGACACAUCGAAUCUUAGCUUGGGGAUACACCGUAUGCAUCGCAAGCGAUUUCGGGACGACGAAUCACCAGAGUAUAACUUAUCGUUGGGGCUGUGCGAUGCCGCGUGUGGCGACCGCCUCGACUACGAAGAGGCACCUUCAAUCUAUGACAUGCUGCGGGAGCACGGGCAGGACUGUUUUUUAAUGGAGGAGAAUGCGGGUUGUGACCCGGGCCUGUACAUUUAUCCUGACCACCGCAGAGACGACGAGUACGACAGUAACGCGGCGGAUUUUUCGGCUAAUGAGUACCCAGAAGAGCCGAGCACAAGCAGUGACACGACGGGGCGGACUGACUUGGAGGAUGAGGAGGACACGAUGCGGCGCCGUAACGUGCGUUAUGGGAACGCUUGGUAUGACGAGGGCUACAUGGAAGCCUCCCUCAGCAGCGGCUGGAGCAGUUCUGUGGAUAAUCAUUAA